AUGUCAUUGUUGACACGAGUGGCACCGAGUAGGCUUGUGCCUGGCGCCAAGGGGGUCUUCAUUACACGUCCACUGAAGAAGUUUACACCGGUGGAAGUUGCGCCGCCGCCUGACGCCAUUGCACCGCCGUAUUUGGUGAAUCUUCUUCGCAUGCCGCCCCACAAGAUUUCGCUUCGACACUUUUUAGCGCUGCGGCAUCAGUUUAGUAGCGGCAUGUACUUCAACGUGGCCACAUUGGGCGGGUGGUACUUGAUUGUGCCUGGCAGCCACGCCCCACUUGCAGACCCCGCGGGACUGCGGGCGUGGCGGGAGCGGCACCACCAUCGCUAUGAACAGAAAGCCGCCGUGCGAAGAAGGAAGACAGACGAGGUGGUGACGGCGACGCAUGGCUCAACUGCCAAAAAAAGCCGAACAACGUUAAUGGAUUCAUGUGAUGGUGGCAAGAGGAAUUCUUCUACCGCUGUACAGGGCGAUAACGAUACCAACAUGGAGGGAGAGAAUGAAGAGAAUGAGGAGGAGGAGGUACAUGCUGGUCCCUCUGCAACAGCAUCCUCUUCUGUCAGUUUCGGGGAGACGGUGUCUCGAGCGUCACUGCUGAGUGAGUCGCGGAUUGUUAUACCUGAAGGUCACCUGUUUGAGAUCAAUGAUGGGGUUCUGUGGGAAACACCUCCGCAGAACGAUCUCGGCAAUCCUGCGUACUGGAAGCAUCACACGGCGCGUAUGCAGUUAUACGAAGACACCAGCAUAAGCGCAGAGCAGGUAGAGUUCAUUGCGUCACCGCUUAACACAGAAGGCAUUCAAAAUGUCUCUGGCUACACGGAACAGGAAAGGCACGUGCAACAACAACGACUUUUUCAGGUAUUAACACACAAGGCCAAUGUGAGGCUGAAUGUAGAUGAUAAUACACGCCUUUUGACACUCAUGCCCAUCAUUGACCUGAAGGAGGGCGACGAGUUACUGCUUCAUUACGGUCGUGAGUGGUGGUCGCAGCGGCUACUUUCCACUCUUUUUAUGUCUGUGCCUGACAAUGAGAUGCGGGAUAUUCGCUGGAUUGAGGCACUCUUUAAGAAGCCGACAGAUGUGAGCAAACCAUUUCCUCAGCUAUGCUCUGCUGUGGCGCGAAGGAAAAUGCCGAAAAGGGGGAAACGUGGUGAAGAUGGGAAGGCUUCCGAUGUAAAUGACGGGAGUAACGUGGAUGCAGCAACGCAACGGGAUAAUUUGGUGCUGUACAAUGCGGUAACACGUCGUAAGGCUACGGAUGCAGAGGCGCUUAUAUUUGCUGUGCGAAGGAGUUGUGUUAAUCGGAAUUUUUUUACCGCUCUCGUUGGGACAAGUGGUGCAGGUGUGUUUGAUGUGUCAAAUUGUGAUGACGAGGUGCCACUCCGUCGGUUACGUCUUACGUUGUUACAGUCAUUGCACCUCGAGCACGUUUCAGCAGACAUGACUGGCGUGCCAGCGGAGAGGUCAGAGGUCCAAUUUGCUGAGGAUGAGGAGGAUGGUUCCCUCAUUCUCUGA